AUGAGAUUUUUGUGGCUUCCCGUUCUAAUCGUGUCAUUUAACUCUCUUGUUUCCAGUGUAAAAAAAGACCUAAAUCCAUGCGACGCAAUCGACAAAACUGACACGAACCUAUCUGAUGUGGUUGUUCUGUUCGUAAAUUUCAAGUGGAAAAUCGUCGAGAAAAACUUUACAAAUCUUUCAUUGGCGAUUCUCGAUGCAUGGACACGUCAUGAAUUUAUGGAAAAAGAAGAAACAUUAUCGAGUCUACCUGAACUUAUGGAGAAUUUUGUAAAGUGUUACGGAAGAGAUAGUGGACUUCAAGUCAAGAAUAUAACCUUUGAAAAGGGAAUAAAUGCGACGGAAGAUUGUGUACUAAAGAUCACUGAGAAUAUGCCAAAAAAAUCCGAUUUCUUCAAAAAGCACGUCAAAAUCAUCGAAUCUCCGGAUGUCUUGAGGCAUUGUGGGCAGCCAAGACAAGUGCCUCUGCCGGUUUGGAACUUGGUCCAAGAGGCCUCAUCCGCGACUGAAAAAAGGAUAGCCUUCUGUCACUGGUCUGAUUUGGAGAAACUCAUUCAUGCAGGGUUUUAUUCGAUUGUGGUGGACUGGAACACUCGGUUUUAUGAAGUGAUGGAAGACGAAGUUAACAACCUGAAGCUUGACGUUUUUACCAGAAGACAGGAUUUCGAAAUAAAAUACUCGUAUUUCACCACAAUCCCACGGACUCCAGUGGUCUGGUCAUCGUUUGUGGCCGUCCUUACCGUAAUCUCCUUCUUCGUACUCGGUCUUAUCCUUUGUUGUUGUUCCCUGAUGUCGUUCGGAUUGGUUGAGGAAGACUUCGAAAGACGGAAUGAGGAGAGGAAUUGGAUUGCUCGGAAUGUGAGAAGGAAUUUGCAAAGGGAUUAUGUGAUUUCUCCGGCGCCGGUGGAGGAAGAUGAGGGUUUGGCUACAGCGAUUUCAAAGGGAUCCGCGUCCCGGUCGAGUAUGGAAACGGCAAAAAGCAGCUCCAACGUCUCCACGGAUAGCACUCAACCCUCUGACACCGUAAGCCAGCUUUAUCAGACGGGGAGGACAGGUUGUGAAUUUCAGAUUUCAGGAACCACUCAUACCAAUCUUACCGCGAAAUUACCGACAGAAUCAUCAGAUGCAGUAGAGAACUAG